AAAAAGGAAAUUGAAAUAGGUAGAGGUCAUAAUCAACAAGGAUCCAGUUUGUCCCCUCAGAAGUGGAUCUUCGCACGUUAGGAAUGGUGUUUGUAGAGAAGCUGUGAGUUUUAUGGGGGGAGAGAGAGAGGGAUGAGAGAAGAAGAGCCAGCUCCUUCAUUGCAUAUGCUUUCACUGCUCCAACAACAACAACAACCCAAUUCAACUUAACUCAACCGACUCAUUCUCCUCUCUCUCUCUCUCUCUACAGUCUUCCCCUGUUUUUGUUUGUUAGCUUCGCAUUAUUACAAGCUCUCAACUUUUUCUCAUUUAGUUUCUCUUUAACUAUUGUAGCCUUCACCACCUCAGGUUUUUCUUUUCACUUUGCAAUACCCAUGUGUGGUUUUGGCCUUGGAAACUCAAAAACCUUCGUUUUAGAACUACUUUUUUCCUUUCAAAUGGUGGUUUUCUCUGUUUCUUUGAGUUCUUUUUGUCUGAAUAUAUAGAUUUGAGAUUUUUGAACAAAGACUCCUCCUUUUGGCCAAAAACAUGUUUAUUGGCAUGAAAAAAAUGAACUUUAUUCUCAGCUUCUGCUUCAUCAAACCAUUCUGUACUUUGAUUUUGUAGUUCUAUCUGAAAAGUUUUUAAAAUUGUGCAAGAAAAUCGAUGAUUUCGAAAUGUAGGUUUAUGAGGAAAAAUAAUACUUUAAGCUUGCAAGUUGUACUUGUUUCCGUACUGGGUCAUCUUGAAAUUCAAGAUUUGCACGAAAUUUGGAGGCUUUUUGUGACUUGAAGAGUCCGAAAGGGGUUGAGAUUUUAUGGUUUUGAUGAGUAUUGGCUCUGACCCAUGAAGAAUUUUCACUGGUUUAAGCAGAUUUCCAACAAUGGCAAACCUGAGAGGAGGCUCUCUCUUGGAGAGUACAACAGGGCAGUGUCAUGGUCAAAGUAUUUGGUGUCUUCAGGGGCUGAGAUUAAGGGUGAAGGGGAGGAGGAGUGGAGUGCUGACAUGUCCCAAUUGUACAUUGGGUGUAAAUUUGCUUCAGGGAGACACAGUAGGAUUUACAGAGGGGUUUAUAAGCAGAGGGAUGUGGCAAUUAAGCUCAUAAGCCAGCCUGAGGAGGAUGAAGGCUUGGCUGUUUUGCUUGAGAAGCAGUUCACUUCUGAGGUGGCUUUGCUCUUUCGGCUGCACCAUCCAAAUAUCAUCUCUUUUGUUGCAGCUUGUAAGAAACCUCCUGUUUUCUGCAUUAUCACUGAAUAUUUGUCCGGGGGAUCGUUGAGAAAAUAUCUCCAUCAGCAGGAGCCACAUUCUGUUCCACUCAGCCUAGUUGUGAAGCUAGCCCUCGACAUUGCACGUGGGAUGCAAUAUCUCCAUUCUCAAAGUAUACUUCAUAGGGAUCUCAAGUCAGAAAAUCUAUUGCUAGGGGAAGAUAUGUCUGUGAAAGUUGCAGAUUUUGGCAUCUCAUGCUUAGAAUCACAGUGCGGCAGUGCGAAGGGAUUCACGGGCACUUACCGUUGGAUGGCACCUGAAAUGAUCAAAGAGAAACACCAUACGAAGAAAGUUGAUGUUUACAGUUUUGGCAUAGUUCUUUGGGAGCUUUUAACAGCAUUGACACCAUUUGACAACAUGACUCCUGAACAGGCUGCAUUUGCAGUAUCACAGAAGAAUGCAAGACCCCCUUUGCCAUCCACAUGCCCGACGGCAUUCAGUCGUCUCAUCAGCAGAUGCUGGUCAACUCAUCCAGACAAGCGACCUCAUUUCGAUGAGAUAGUUCACAUAUUGGAAAGUUAUGCAGAGUCCCUUGAGCAAGACCCAGAUUUUUUCUCAUCUUACAAGCCUCCUUCGGAUCACAUCCUUUUGCGAUGCUUUCCAAAAUGGAUCGGUCGCCAUAGAUCCGCUUCUUGAAAAUCUAGGGAAAUUUUUUUCUUGAAUCAAGUGAUUGAUGUUGAAUGUACCAUAUGCUUUUCUUGUCAAGGUUCCCAUCCUCAUACAAUUACGAUUGUGAACCUCUCUUUCUGUCCUGUUAACUUUCUAUCUUUGAAUAUAUUGGAAUGAAAGCACUACUUUUUAAUUGGUGUUUUAA